GGACGCUCAAUUCGCAUUCUUCCGUGAGCCGAACGAAGGCUGGAAUGGACGACCGGCCGCGCAAGUCGGAAGAUAUCCUGGCGGUGAACGACGUGCCGCCUAUUGGAAGCGAUGGAAAGAGUAUCCGUCGCAAACAAAAGUUUGGCGGGCGUCGAUCCGUGUGGCCUGGUGCGCUCGCGCUCAUCCUUGGCAUUAGUGCUGCAAUCGGCGCGCUCGUGUACUGGGGCACGUAUGAACACAAACAAAUGCUUGGCCGCCAGCCGGACGAAUCGAGCCUUGCCAAGGCAUACGGUUCUGGACACACCAUUUCGGACGGGCAGGCUGUGAACGGGACUGCGGACGAACCGUUGGAGGUGACCAACCCUGUCGAGUACAAGGACAUGAAGUGCGCGCAAAUCGACUACAUCUCCAAGAACAACAAGAUUUACACCGUGUCAAAAGGAAAGGAAUCGCCUCUUGUGUUUAAAGGUGUCAACUGGCUCGGCCUCGAAGGCUGGGACCACGUGAUCACGGGACUCUGGGACGGUCCUCGCGACGGCAAUUCGUUUUACCGAAUUGCGAAGUUUUUGAGCGACAACAAGUUCAAUGCAGUUCGAUUCCCCCUCGACAUUGACAGUGCCGCGCGAAACAUCCCCAUCCGGACAAACUUCAACACGAACUCGCAACGCGCACUUGCAUCCGUCAAGACGUACGUGGAGUUGAUCACUCGACUGUCGGAAGGCUUGGGACAGUUCAAGAUUGCCGUUCUUCUUGACUUUAACACUCGAUCGAAGGCGACCGACUUGAAUCCAGUCGACCAGAGUGUCAUUAGUGUGGACCAGCGGCCGUCGAGCGAUGGGUUGACGGGCAAUGGGUGGGAAAACGUCAACGUACGAUAUGCCGAGUACGAGAAAGCGAUCGUGAACCUUGCGACAGCCAUGUGUGACCAAGUGCACUGGAACGUGGUGGGCAUCGACAUCAAGGACGCUCCUGCGGGGGAUGCUGGGCAAUGGGACGGCGAAGAAAAGACGAGCUGGCAAAUGUUUGCAUCCAAGGUGGGUUCGGCAGUCGUCAAGGCAUGCCCCACGUGGCUCGUGUUUGCCCAAGGGCUGAAUGGGAAAACCAAGUUUGGCACUGGUUUGGAAGCCAAGACUGUUUUGGACUGGCCGGGCUCGACGCUACGCGAUGCGUUGACAUCGCCCAUUAACGUUGGCAAAGCCAACAAAUUGGUGUACGCGCCACCGUUUUGGUCGCCGUCUGUGUACCCUGCUCCGUACUUCUUCAAGUCGUCGGAAGGUGGGUCCCUCUUGACAAAAUGGACGAGCUUUACGAGCCAGACGGACAUGGACGCGAGCGUCGGCGAUGCCAUGAAGGCGAUCUUUGGUGAUUUGCUCAACAAGCAGAGCGCAGCUAUCGUGUUGUCGUCAUUUGGCGGUUUGUUUGGCGAAGAGGACAUGGACAAAGGAAAGGCGUCGACGAAGGCGAUCACUGCGAUCGUCGCCCAGAUGACGGCGUCGCAAAAGGCCAUUUCCGGCGGGUUUUGGUGGUCGCUCAACCCUGACAACCGCUGGCCGCAUCCGGCCCCCGACAGUCCCGACAGCGUUGCGUCGGGGCUUCUCGACUCGACGUGGCGCAAAGGCAAUUCGGAGGCGUUGGCCGCCACGAAAUUGAUGGACAAACUUCCUGGCCUCGCCUUUCUCCCGUGCGACCCUAGAUAAACUGUAGACGUCGGGACGCGCCAUUUUUUAUAACCAUUCGAUGCACGUGCUAUGGAUUCUGUUGUGG